UUUGCAGAUUCUCUAAUGUUUAAAUUCACGCAGCAGCAGCAACCUCAAUCACUCUUCAUUUUCUUCUUCUAAACCUAAGUUACAUCUCCAUCUUCUCCUUCUUUCUGCUCUCUAUAGCAGCGGCGGCGGCGGUUCUGCUUUAGUUCUUAUCAGCUUUUCUCGAUUUCGUUAUCUCUUUCUGCAAAAGGGUUUUUCGAGCUCCCUGUAUGCUACUACAGCCAUGGAAGGAGGAGCUAAACACUAUAACCCUCGUACGGUUGAAGAGGUUUUCAAGGAUUUUAAAGGUCGACGUUCUGGUUUGAUUAAAGCCCUUACUACAGAUGUUGAAGAUUUUUUUCAGCAGUGCGAUCCUGAGAAAGAGAACCUUUGUCUAUAUGGAUUUCCUACUGAGCAAUGGGAAGUGAAUUUACCUGCUGAAGAGGUGCCACCUGAGCUUCCUGAGCCUGCUCUAGGUAUUAAUUUUGCAAGAGAUGGGAUGCAAGAAAAAGACUGGUUGUCUCUUGUUUCAGUCCAUAGUGAUGCUUGGUUAUUGGCAGUAGCCUUCUAUUUUGGUGCUAGAUUUGGCUUUGACAGCAAUGACAGGAAACGUCUCUUCAAUAUGAUGAGUGAGCUGCCAACAAUCUUUGAAGUUGUAACUGGAACUGCAAAGAAACAAGUGAAGGACAAGUCAGCAAUGUCCAACCAUAGCAGCACCAAAUCAAAAUCCAACUCGAGAGUGACCAAACCUUCAAAACCAAAGGAGGAAGAAGAGGAUGAAGUGGAAGACGAUGAUGAGGGUAUGGAUGAGGAAGAACAUGGGGAUACCUUAUGUGGGGCAUGUGGUGAGAACUAUGCAUCUGAUGAAUUCUGGAUCUGUUGUGAUGUCUGCGAGAAGUGGUUUCAUGGAAAGUGUGUGAAGAUUACUCCAGCCAGGGCGGAGCACAUCAAGCAAUACAAAUGCCCCUCAUGCAGCACCAACAAGAGAACUAGGCCCUGAAAAUCUGAGACUUAGAUAUUGGGAGAGGAGGAGUAGUUAAACUGUUAAUUCUGUCUGGUUUUAAAUUGUUGGUCUGGCAAAUCUAGUACUUUUUUUAUUUUUAUUUUUAAAUUAUUAAAUAGAUUCUGGUUUGAGAGUAUACUUGGUUUGUAGAAAGUAGUAAUUUUAUCUAGUCCAUGUGUUAUUUGGGCUCUCACCUUUAACUAGAAUGAAAUUGCAUUAGUACUUUAUCUA